UCUAAUUCAUUCUCCACUAAUCUUCUUGAAAAAUGGUUGUAUCACCACCACCAAGCUCCAUCAAUGGCGGAAUCUGCAGGGCAGAGCUGUCCUGUUUCAUUCAACAAGUGGUAAUGGGGCGGUGGUUUUCCCUCUUCGCCUCCUUCCUCAUAAUGUCCGGCGCCGGCGGAGUCUAUUUAUUCGCUUCUUACUCCAAAGACAUCAAAUCCACACUCAAAUGCGACCAAACCACACUCAACAAAAUCGGGUUUUACAAAGAUCUCGGAUCCAACGUCGGCGUCAUUGCCGGCUUGCUAGCCGAAGUAGCACCCCCCUGGUUCGUUAUCCUCAUCGGCGCCGCCCUUAACUUCGUCGGAUAUUUCAAAAUAUGGCAAGCCGUCACCGGAAAAAUUAUCCGUCCGACGGUGGAGUUUUUCUGCUUUUACAUUAUGGUCGGAGCAAACUCCCAGAAUUUCGCCAACACAGUCGUCCUGGUGUCGUGUGUCAAGAAUUUCCCUGAACGGCGAGGCGUCAUGUUGGGGCUUCUAAAGGGGUUCGUCGGCUUAAGUGGCGCUAUCAUGACACAAAUUUACGGCGCCAUUUAUGAUCAUGAUACCAAAUCUCUGAUUCUUCUACUCGCCUGGUUCCCCUCUUUGAUUUCCAUCGUUUUUGUUAAAACAAUCAGGGAAAUGAGAGCCGUCAAACACCCAAAUGAAUUCAGAGUGUUUGUACAGUUUCUUUGCGUCACCGUCAUUUUGGCUCUGUUUCUCACCGCCCUGAUUUUUGUUCAGAAAAAAGUUCCAUUCAACCAAACUGCACACAUUACCAUCGUCGCCGCAAUCUUUGCGUUGCUUCUUGUUCCAUUGUUGAUCGCCAUUAGAGAAGAGAUUAUCAUGUGGAAUCUCAAUAAAAGUACUGUCGGGAAUCGUUUCACAAGAAUCAGAAUCGACAACCACCAAUCGGCUCCAUCAUGCUCUGCUUCUUGUUCUUCCUCCUCUGUUUUAGAACAACCAAAACAGAGCAAUUCCUGUUUCGCCAACAUCUUCAACAAACCCAAAAGAGGAGAAGACUUCACAAUUCCUCAAGCGAUUUUCAGCGUCGACAUGUUGAUUUUACUCACCACCAUGUUGAUCGGCGUCGGCGCAAAUUUAACUGCCAUCGACAAUCUCGGCCAAAUCGGAGAAUCCCUGAAUUACCCACCGGAAACAAUCAACUCCUUCAUCUCUCUGGUCAGUAUUUUCAACUUCACCGGCAGAAUCUUUUCUGGGUUCGUCUCAGAAAUCUUGCUGGAAAAGUUCAAAUUCCCCCGGCCGAUGAUGCUAACACUCAUCCUCUUGGUUUCCUGCGUUGGCUACCUCAUCGUGGCCUUCCCCUUCAACAAUUCCCUCUGUAUUGCGUCGAUCAUAAUUGGGUUUUCAUUGGGUUCUCAAGUUCCGUUGCAUUUCGCGAUGAUCUCAGAAUUUUUCGGGCUGAAACAUUACUCGACGUUGUUCAAUUUCGGGCAAUUGUCAUGUCCGAUUGGGUCUUACAUUCUGAACGUGAUGGUGAUCGGAAAGCUGUACGACGAGAUGGCGAUGACGGGGAGUAAUGCAAGCGAGUUUCAUUGCGAGGGGAGCAAAUGCUUUGAACAAUCCUUCACGAUUCUGGCCGGAUUGACGUUCGUUGUGGCCAUGGUGUCACUGGUUUUGGUUCGGAGGACGGCGGAGUUUUACAGAGGAGAUAUAUACCAGAAGUUCAGAGAAGAUAUGGAUUCUUUGAAGACAGAAAUGGAGUUUUAUCCAUUGGAAUCGAAGAGGAUGAAGAUUGGGAAUUUAACUUUUGAUAAACGUGAAAUCAAUUUCAAGAAAUGAUCGCAUCGUA